AUGUGGCUGAAGCUGGACGACCAAGCUCUCCGAGUGGCAUUGGAAAUAAGACUGGGAAAACAUAUCCACAAGGCCAAAUUGACCGAAUUAAACCGAGAGCAAAUCAAGCGUUUGAGUGAGCGUGUGAAAGAGCGACAGGGGUGGGAGACCAUUGAAAUUACUAAUGCAAACGACUCAUACAACGAGAACCUAGUGGAAGACGAGGACGCCGAUUUCGCCAUCGAAAAGGAGGUCGAGGUUGCCACACUGGAUAACUAG